AUGGGGACGGGCGCGGCCUGGAGGGCGCAGGCCCCGGAGCAGGCCCAGGCCCCGGAGGCGGCGGCGGCCGCAGCGCAAGAUAAACAGGGGGUAACGGCCCGGAACGGGAUGUCCGAGGGGCUCACGCUGAGUCAGAGGAACUGCUUAGUGAAGAAUCUGAAGAGGUUUCAGAAGCAGUUAGAAGGAGAAGCAGGAAAGCUUGAGGCAACAAAAAGUGCCUUUAUUCCAAAGACCUUCAGAAUGCCUGAGUAUCAUUUAUUUGUGGAAGAAUUUCGCAAGAAUCCUGGCAUCACUUGGAUUCUGAAACCAGUAAGUAUGUCACAAGGUGAAGGAAUUUGGUGUUGAAGGAAGGUGUUCUGAAAACUGAAGGAUACCAUUGAUUACAUCCCACUGAAGGCCUGGUUAUCCAGAGGUGAAUUUGCUUGCUUUUCUAAGAUGUGAUUUACUCUGAAUAGCAGAGAUGAUCACUGUAUCCUACCUGUCUGUGUGUGCCAUGAAGAAGGCUGUCUGCACAUCUAUGAGACUGAGCUUUUUGACUUUAAACCUAAUAACUUUCUGUGUUCGAGAGUGAUGGCGGAUAGUGUUGAACUUCCCAUUUUAUGGGCUGUUCCCUCUAUAAAUCUCUCUUAUCUGUAUGGGAAGGAGAAUCUUUGCAGUACCCUGAUAGAAGGUAAGAUGCUGGUUGCUGUUAGGGAACUUCAGAAGGUGAUUAGCAGUGACAAACACUGCUUUGACUAUGACAUCCUGAUCCAUCAGGAUCUAAAGUCUUUACUGUUGUCGCAUCUCCUCUGCUGGCUUCUGGAGGUGAAUGCUUCACCCUCCCUCACUGCCAGUAGCCAGGAAGACUGGAAACUCAAGUGUCAUCUUUUCAAAGACACACUUCAUAUUGUGGCCAGGGAGAGCAGGCUUGGGGAAGGGGGGAAGGAGAAGCAUGUUGGAGGCUUUGACUUGAUGGGGAAGGAUGGGAGUGUCAGCAGAGGGGAAGACCUGGGUUCUCCAGUGAAUGAGAACAUCAUGACAAAUACACAUUUAGGGUGCCCUGCUCGAGCCCUUAAGCUCUCUGCACACCAGCAAGAGGAGAGCACACACCUUGCACUCAAAACCAAAAGGUGUGUGAGCUCUUACAGGGUUAAGAAACCAAAAGGAGCAAAUGCUUUCCAAAAGUGGAUGUAAGUGCCCAGGCUGCAGCAGCACUGUUGAAAACAAGCAUGUAAAUGUAGUGGGAACAGUUUUGUUCAUAGUCCUGCUUUUCAAGCGUCAAGUCACAGCAGGCUGCUUCAUAUGCCAGCUCUGCUGCAAAAACUGUUCUACAGUCACUGUGGUGACUGGUUACUGGGCACUUUCCUGAGUCUAGUUGUCUACCUUGCUUUUGGGAAGUAGUACUCGGACUCUGAAGUCAUACCUCUGAGGCUGACAUGUAUUGUAACUUUAUUUUGCCGUACACAGCUCAGUGUGCCUGCGAUCAUCUCUGGCUGUAGUUUCUAACUAAAAACACAAGUAUAGCUUCACCUGAAAGUAGGACAUCACCUCA